GUUUGCUCUGUUUUUUUUUACAAAUGCUAAUUAUUUUCAACAAGUGGUUUAUUUUAUUUAAAGUAAAGUUUUCUAGCUUUAUUUAUUAAUUAUUACUGAAUUAGAUUGAAUGUAGUAGUUGCUAAAGUAAAACAUGCAGCCUGCAAGUUGAAACCCUACUAGAAGAAGGAUGAAAUUCAUACAAGAGAAUAUGUGUGAACUACUGGUUUUGAGUUGUUAUCAUCGUUUAAACAUGUGACAGUAUAGAGUUGGGCAGCGAUGUCGUCCGUGCACUGCGUGGUGGUGUGGGAGUGGCAGUGCGGGGGGCAGUGGCUGCCGCACUCGCCGGGCGUGUCCCGCACGCUAGAACGCGCGCACGCCAAGAAGCUGACCCGCGUGGUGCUGGCGGACGCCGAGCCCGCGCUGCGCGGACACUACGUCAACCUGCGGACACUCACACAGUCCUCCGACAAUCCAGACGGUGGCGAGGGUGAGUCGGAGUGCGCGGUGCGGCGCGCGUGCUACAGCGUGCAGUCGGCGGCGGGGCGCGGCGCGGGCUGGGCGUGGAGCGCCGUCGCGCCGCCCCCGAGGCGGGCCGACCUGCACUAUGAACCACUCUCCAUGGAGAUCCAGUGCCACCUAGAAGAAGCAUGGUCGAUCGGCAGCGACGCAGUUUCCUUCGAGGGGUGGUCGGCGUCGCUGCAGCACAUGACGGCGCGGCGCGGCGGCGCGGUGCGGCUGCUGAGGCGCGCGCCGCAGCCGCCCUACCCGCUGGCCCGGUCGGCCGCGCCGCCGCCGCCCGUGCGGAGGCCGCAGGAGCAUGUUGAAGCUCGUCGCGUCCACAUUCCACAACAGCACACCGGCUCCAGUGUGCACUCUAUCCAAUCUGUCCGUUCUGUGCAAUCUGGACAUUCCAUACAAUCGGCUCACUCCAUUCAAUCGGGACACUCGAUACAAUCUGGCCAUUCCAUCCACUCUGCACACUCUAUGCAGUCUGGUCACUCUGUACAUUCUCAACAAUCUGGGCACUCGGUGCAGUCGGCCCCGGCUGCUACAGUGAGGAGUAACAACACGCAUCGCAGCGAGUCUCCCAAGGACAGGAAGCCCGGGCUCGCUAGACAGAUACUUCACAACUUGAACAUAUUCAACCACACGAAGGCGUCGGCGAGCUCGGGCGUGUCGGACGGCGCGUCGGGCGACGAGCUGUCGGACGAGCCGCGCGCGCGCCGCCACAGCGUCGACACGGUCUCCACCUACCUGAGCCACGAGAGCACCCACACUGACCAGACGGCAUCAGUGGGGUCUCUCCUGAACUGCAGCGCGGGGUCGGACGACGUGUUCGAGUGCCGCGACGAGGACCAGCCCGGCGACGAGGACGGGGCCAUCGUCGGUAUCGACUCGGCCUCAGCCUCCCUCUCCGUCUUCGUCCGUUCCGUCUCCUGCGUGCAGUGGGGCGCGCUGUGCCCCGCGUGCCUGGCCCCCCUCGCGCCCCCCGCGCCCCCCGGCCCCGCCCCCGCGCCGCCCCCCGCCGUCGCGCUAAGAUGCACGCACACGCUGCAUCUGCAUUGUUUGAAUAGGCUGUUGCAGCAACAGAGGGCUAACCAGGAGCCGCUCCGCAUCGAGUGCCUAGUCUGCGGGCGCGUGUACCGCUCGUCCCCUCCCCCCGCGGCCCCUUCGCCCCCCUCCCCGGCGCCGGCGGGGGCGGCGGGGGGCGCGGGGGGCGAGCAGCCGGCCGGCAGCAUGGCCUGGGCGCUGCAGCCGGGCGCGCUGCCGGUGCAGCCGCCGCACCAUCAUCACAUACUCGUCACUUACAAUUUCCAGUCGGGCGUGCAAGGCGCGCGGCACCCGGCGCCGGGGGCUCCGUACUACGCCGUGGGCUUCCCGAGACACUCGCUGCUGCCAGACACGCCGCAGGGGCGACAGGUCCUCUCCCUGCUCCGGCGCGCAUGGGAGGCCCGCCUCCUCUUCACGGUGACUCGCUCGCAGACCACCGGCCGGGAACACGUGGUGUCGUGGCGCGCGCCGCCGCCGCCCGCCUGUCGCCAGCAUUACGAGCCGCCGCGACGCCCCGCAACACAUCUAGCCACGACGAUUGAUGCGCUGAGGAGCCUGCUGGAGACUAAUGGGAACUGUUAGUAUGGAUACCCAUCUUGCGACCACGAUUGAUGCGCUGAGGAGUUUGUUGGAGACCAAUGGGAACUGUUAGUAC